UCUCGCGCUGUGCAGGGCCUUCGGCAACUCUUGGCCCAAGGUUCGCAAUUCAGCGCGCUUGCUUGCCCCAGGCGCUGGGCUCCCUGCGUGGUCGGCAUGGCCAGGGCCAGUGAGGAGCUGUCGAGGCUGCUGGAGCGCAGGCGGCGACUCAACGGGGAGCUGACGGCCCCUCUCCAGGAGAGCGGCAGGCAGCGCCAGCGGGCCACCGUGCUGCUGGCGGCGGAGGGCGGGGUGAGGCAGCGAAAGGGUCGCUUCGAGCGGGGUGAGGGCGAUGCGCCGUCGGAUUGCUCGCCGUCGAAGCCAGGGCAUCCCGUGCACGGUGCCGAGCUCUGCGCCGAGGACAAGGAGAACGUCCAGACAAACUUUGUCGCCGCCAGCGCAUCCCGGGAGUGCAGCCCGGCGCCCGCAGAGGUGCCCGGCGCGCGCGGCUGCUCGCGCGAGCCCUGCCCAGAGGCUGGCGCGCACUGCGGCACGUCGGCGGGCGGCGGCGCCGCGGCGGAGGAGGCCGCCGCGCCGGAGGGCGCGUCGGCAGCUGGCGCUGCUCGAGCCGCGGGCGUGGCCCGCGAGCGAGCAGAGAGCGCCGCCGAGGUUGAGGACGCAGGCGAGGAGGUGCAGGAGGAGGCGGCGGCGGAGGCUUCGGCGGAGGCCGAGGAGGAGGAGGAGGAGGAGGAGGCCGCGGAGCAGGGCAGAGCCGAGGGCAGCCUGGCCCCGGGCGGGCGAGGCGCGCCCCGAGGCGGCUCCGCGGACGCGCUCGCGGCCGCGAGCGCCGCGGCGGCGGGCGCCGCGGCGGCGGGCGGCGCGGCCGUGGCAGAGGACGCGCGGGCCGCGGGGGCCGUGGGCUCCGUGCCUGGCGCGGGUGCCUGCGCGCAGGUGCCCCGCUCGCCGCAGCGGGCGGCGCCCGCGGCGGCCGCGCUGUCCCCCGCGGCCGCGCACCGCGGCGCUCGCCCGUGCGCCGCGGUGGAGUUCACCGACAUCGGCGGGCAGGAUUUCAUCGAGGACUGCGGCACGCCUGGCGGCCAGGAGAGCCGCGGCUCGCCCGGGGACGAGGCGGAGGAGCGCGAGCCGAUCGAGCCGAUCGAGUACUUCCUGCUGGACUACCUCGGCCUGGUGCCGGAGGGCCUCUCGCAGAAGCUCCGGGAGAGCCUGGACGUGCACGAGGACCUGGUGGACCGCAUCACGGCGCGCAACGAGCACCUCCGCGCGAGGACCCGACGAACGUCGGGCGGGUCUGCGAAGCAGGAGGCCUCCUCCCCCGCCGGCAGCGGCAGCGGCAGCGGCGGCGGCCGCUCUCCGCCGGUAGGCGGAAGGACGCCGCUCAGCGCCGAGAAGAGGGAAAGGGAGAAGGAGGCCUGGCGCCGCGAGCUGCGGGCGCAGAUGGCCGUCAAGAUCGCAGCCGUCGAGGAGACGAAGCUCCGGGUGGGGGCCGAGGCCCACUACGCGGCCAUGAAGGCGAAGCUGCAGCACACGUGCAAGACGGCCCGUGAGCGCAUCGCCGCCAUGGCCCAGCGCGCCGAGCUGCGGGAGCGGGAGUACAGGGCCAGCUCGGCGGCGGCAUCGGCGGAGCGCGAGCGCCUGCAGGCCUCCCUGGAGGCGGUCAAGCAGCAGCAGGCCGAGGCGAGGGCGCGGAUCGCCGGGCUCGAGGGCGACAUCCACGACCUGGACAGGCAGUUCCGCGCGGGGGAGAAGGCCCGCAGGGCGUACCUGGGAGACCUGGAGUCGCUGCGGUGCGAGCUCCGCGGACACAAGGCGCGCGCCGCGCGCGGGCGCGCCGCGGAGCAGCGGGUGAGCGACCUGGAGAGGGAGCUGCAGGCGACCAUGAAGGCCGUCGCGGAGGCUCGCUUCCGCACGGCGCCCGCGGAGGCGCCCGGCAACCUGGGAGGCGCGUGAGGCGGCCGCGGCGCCCCCCUCGAUGGACCGAGUUUCCACCACCCCCGCCAGAGGUAGGAGAGGGAGGAGGCGGAGGAGGAGGAGGAGGUGGAGGAG